AUCACCAAACACUUCCGUUCCGUUUCUUUGGUCUGUGUCUAACUCCAUGGCAGCUCAACCACAAUCAGACUUCUUUGACGAAAUGGUUGGAGCCGUCGUUGGCUUCGUCGAAGUCCUUUCUCCCUUCAUGUUCCCACCACGACCGCAAGUAUUUGUCAAUUUUCGAGGAAAGGAGCUUAGGAACGGCUUCGUGAGCCAUGUAGUGAAGGCCUUGAAAGACGUGAGAAUCAAUGUUUUCAUAGAUAGCUUGGAGCGGAGAGGAGUGGAGACACUGGAGCACCUCUUGAAGAGGAUUGACGAGUCCGAGAUGGCUCUGGCAAUAUUCUCGGACCGAUACACCGAGUCCGAGUGGUGCUUAGACGAGCUAGUGAGGAUGUAUGAUCGAAUGAAGGAAGGGAAGCUUGUGGUGAUCCCUGUCUUCUAUAGAGUAAGCACCGAUGAUGUGAAAAAUUUCCGGGGAGAAUUUGGGAGACAGUUUACGAACACGGUUAGGAGGAAGUUUGGGACUAUUGAGGCUCCUGCGGCUCAGCGUUGGAUGAUUGCUGUCACGUCUAUUGCCUCCAUGACCGGUUUAACCUCGGAAGUCCACAGCAUUGAUAGCAAACUUGUGGAGAAGAUUGUGGAGGCAAGUAAGAGGCAACUAGGACAUUUUUCUUCCGCGUGUCUGACGAUUUAUGCCGAAGUUUCCGUAGAAUGUGUGGUGGCUUUGGCUGUUUUUAUGGUUCGUUGUUAUAUGAACCCUAAAAUGAAACUAGGUGAUCCUGGUUUGUUUAAUUUUACAAAUUUCUUACUUUACUUUGUUAUCCGGAAGAGUUUACUUUGGUGUAUGAGCUGACGAGAAAUAGAUGAAUGAUGAAGAGAUGAUUGCUUCUCUGAAGUUUUUUAAUUCGCAAGUGUGGCUCUUGUAGAAGCCGGAAAAACCGGAUUGACAUAAACGAAACAGUAAAAGCGAGGUUAAGGAAAAGACGAUUCAAAAGAGACAUGGAGUCGAGAUAUAAUUUCUUUCCUU